UGCAUGCAAACCUUUAGAACAGUAGUAGUCAAAAACAAGUUUGCAAACAAUUAGAACAAGGAUUUUGAAACCUGUUCGCCUGCAGUUAACAUACUGCAACUCUGCAAGCACAUUGAUCAAUCGAUCAAUCCCUCCUUCCCCAUCCAAUCCUCCCUCUAUAUAAACUCCAACCAUUCGAUCCCAAUCAAACACAAGCUAAAGCCAUCCUCCUCUACUGAAAUCUCUAGCUACUACUACUGCUACUCCAGUAGCAACAAGAGGCUGAAUUGAGAGCAAUUGGCGCCAUCCAUGGCGGCAUUAAGCCAGCUGCUACUUACAGUCUUCUUGGCCGCUGCAUUGCUCCCACUGGCCAUGGCGGCGACGACGACGACGUAUCCCAUCGGCAGCUUCUGCUGGGAGCCGGGGAUGAACUACGGCGAUCUCAACGGCAGCGAUGCCGUCGUCAGGCGGCGGAGCAUCAACUUCGUCGUCUCCGACCUUGUCGCCAAGGCGCGCACCGGCGGCGGAUUCGCCACCUCCAAGGCCGGCAGGGGGUACGACGCCUUCUACGGCCUCGCGCAGUGCCGCGGCGACGUCUCCGGCGGCGACUGCGACGCCUGCCUCGCCCAAGCCGCCAAGCAGAUGGUCUCCUACUGCAACUAUACAUCAGACUCCAGGCUAUGGUAUGAGUAUUGCUUCAUGCGGUACGACAACUAUAACUUUCUUGGGGAGGUGGACACGAGGGAGGAUGCAAGCGUGACAAUGAGACAAUGGCCGGACAUGGACAACCCCAAGGCUUUCCAGAAAGCAGCGGGGAAGGCAAUGGGAAAAGCAACAGCGCAAGCCGUUGCGGUGGGCAGCAGCGGGCUAGGUAGGGCGAAGGAGCAAUACACCCCAUUCGUGAGUGUCUACGCAUUGGCGCAGUGCACACGAGACUUAUCGCCGCCGUCGUGCGCGCAAUGCCUGUCGGCAGCAGUGUCCAAGUUUGAUAAGGCCUGUGGUAGCGGACCAGGGUGCCAGAUCGACUAUAGCAGCUGCUGGGCGCGUUACGAGAUCUACCCCUUCUACUUCCCCCUUGCUGCUGCCGGUCGCGCCACCAUCGAUAUGACCAAAUACACUAAGGUCACCGUGCAUUGAUAAGAAUAUAAGAUCAUUGUGAGACCUCCUCAAAUAAGUACUUGUGUUGACGUUUAAUUUCAGUAAUAUGAUAAAUUUGUAUCGAUCCUUAGCAUGCUAGCUUCAGCUAGCUUGGAAUAAAUAAACAAAUAAAGAUGUGUACUGAGGGCACGUUGUAUGAGCAAGUGAAUUGAAUAGUAUUGAAAUCCUUUGUUACUAUACAA